AUGGAGGAGAAAUGGGGCCCUGUGAUUGGUUUGCUGGCCAUGCUAGGCGGCUCCUUUUGCUUCUCACUGAUGGCCCUGGUGGCCGCAGAGCUUGGCUCUGGCCGGGCAUCGCCGCAUAAGUUUGCGCCGUUUGAGUUGGUCUUCUGGCGAUCUCUCUUCAUGCUUGCGAUCACCAUGUCCAGCACUCUUUCAAAGGGUCUGAACCCUCUGGGCCCUGCCUGUGCCCGCACUCGUGGGAUCCUGGUGAUUCGGGGCCUCUGUGGGGUGGCUUUCAUGGCAACAUACUACUACUCGCUUGCCGUGCUUCCGAUGAGUGAUGCGGUUGUGCUGACUUACACCAGCCCCAUGCUCACCGCGUUGGCUGCCACGCUGUUCCUGGGCGAAACUUGGCACAGCCUGGACUUCUUCGGCUCGGGCCUUUGCCUGGCUGGAGUGAUGAUGAUCAGCAAGCCACCGGCGCUCUUCCACCUCCUCGGACUGCAGGACGAGCAUGUGGAUCUCCCACCGCUGGGCCUUGCGGCUGCCAGCUGCGCCGCCGUGAGUGCCACUUGCGUGUACGUGAUCAUCCGUGUCCUCAAGGACAAGGAUGUGCACUCCCUUGUGUUUGUGAACUACCUUGCCAUGGCGGCGGUGGUCACGGCUCCCGUGAUGGGCCUCGGGCCGUUCAAGGAGACUUGGGCUGUCCCCUCCUCGUGGGCCCUCGUGCUACUUGUGGCUUUAGCUACACUUGCUUCAGUAGGUGAGACGAUGAUGGCCUUUGGCCUCAAGGUGGAAACGGCCGCCAAAGCCACCUCCAUGAACUACUUGCAGGUGGUCUUCGCCUUCAUCUUCCAGCGCACGUUGCUCCACGAGUCGAGCAGCGACUUCCAGAGCAAGAUGGGUGCUUUGCUGAUCUCUCUGUGGGGUAUCGUGGCCUUGGCCAAGGAGGCGGCUGCCCAGGCGUCUGCUCCCAAUGGGCCAGGACGAGGGCUAGAGCCACUGCUUGACGAUGGGAAGGACAAAACGAAGCCGAUGACCCUGUCCCCGGGGCUGCUGGCGAUGAUCGUGGGCGCAUUCUUCUUCUCCUUGAUGGCCCUCUUGGUGAAGCUCUUGAGUGGCUUUGGGACCUAUGAGCUGGUGUUCUGGCGAUCCGUCUUCAUGUUCGUGGGAACCAUGUCCAUGCUGGCCGUGAAGAGGAUCAAUCCGCUUGGGCCUCCAGGCAGCCGCGUCCUGCUCUGGGUGCGAGCUGCUGCCGGCUUCGGUUUCAUGAGUGGGUACUACUAUGCCAUCCAGCACCUGGCGCUAAGCGAUGCGGUGGUCAUCACCUACACCAGCCCGGUCAUCACGGCUAUUGCUGCGGCGCUGCUGCUGGGAGAGGCUUUGCGUUUCCAGUUGAACUUCCUCAUAAGGGCCUCCCUGAGCAGUACUUACUUGAUAGAUCUUGAUAGUCCAUGUCCGUCUUUGUCAAGCAGCGAUGCCCUGGCGUGGGGCCCUUUGGAUGCGUUGGGGAGCAUCCUUUGCAUGGCAGGCGUUGUCCUGAUCAGCAAGCCCAGCUUUGUGAUGACCUUGUUUGGUGCGAAGCCCAAGCCCGUCGCGCUGGAUGGCUUGUUGGGCGCUGCCAUUGCCGCUGUCAUGAGCUCCGUCGUGUAUUUGCUGGUGCGUGUCCUCAAGGGCGUGCAUCCUAUGGUCUUUGUGAACUACUUUGCUGCUGCUGGAAUUGUUCUAGGCCCGAUCCUGAGCAUCGCGGCAGGAGAGACGUGGUCAUGGCACACGCAGAGGGACUGGCCGCUGCUGGUCCUCCUAGCUGUCUUCUCGAUCAUUGGCCAGGCCCUCAUGAACCUGGGCCUUACGCUCGAAACUGCCGCGAAGGCGACUGCAAUGAACUACUCACAAGUCGUCUUCGCCUUCGUUUUUCAAACCACCCUCUUGCACGAGCCCACGGAUCCGCUCAGCAUAGCGGGCUCGGUGAUGAUUGCGACGUGGGGAGUCAUUGCCCUGGUGAAGGACUCCUUGCAGUCCAAGCCACCUCCCAUGGAGAAGAAUCAAGUCAAUGAGGCUACGAAUCUUGACAUGAUUCUGGAUCGACGAAAGUCGUUCGAGCUGGAACAUCGCGACAGUGAGUUUGAUGCUCACUGA